UUCCUGUGCUAGGUUUCUCCGGUGCUUCUAGGGCGCGCGCGAAUAUGGAUCUGAGUGCCUUCGAACGGGAUAACUCGGUGAAUUGUUUGUUGGAUUCCGCGGUACCUGCCAUUUGCCGGACCGAGCCCUGCAGCCUGGGAAUCGAUGAAGCAGGCAGGGGUCCAGUGUUGGGUCCCAUGGUCUAUGGAAUCUGUUACUGUCCUGUGGCCCGGCAGGGAGAUCUAGAGAGACUGAAAGUAGCAGAUUCCAAGACCCUGACAGAGACCCAGCGGGAAGAACUCUUUGAGAAACUGGAUGCAGCCAAGGAUUUUGUUGGCUGGGCCCUCCACAUCCUCUCACCUAACUUCAUCUCCACUAGCAUGCAGAGGAGAGCAAAAUACAAUCUGAAUGCGCUUUCCCAUGACACGGCCAUUGGCCUAAUCCAGCAUGCACUGGACUCUGGAGUGCAGGUUGCAGAGGUCUUUGUGGACACGGUGGGGCCAGCGGAGAAGUACCAAGAGAAGCUAAAGCAACAGUUCCCAGAGCUGGAGGUUACAGUCAAGCCCAAGGCAGACUCCCUCUUCCCUGUUGUCAGUGCAGCCAGCAUCUGUGCCAAGGUAGCAAGGGACCGAGUCGUGAAAGACUGGAAGUUCUUGGAGGAUCUGGAAGAUGUGGACAUGGAUUAUGGCUCUGGCUAUCCCAAUGAUCCCAAGACUAAAGAGUGGCUCGCACAAAGUCUGGACCCCGUCUUCGGCUACCCACAAUUUGUGCGAUUCAGCUGGAGCACAGCUCAAAUCAUCCUGGAGAGCAAAGCCGUGCCUGUUCAAUGGGACGCUACCGAAGACGACCCAUCCCAGAAAAGCGCACAGUCCCUGCUGAGCUACUUUGCCCGGAAAGACACCCCCGCCAAACGCCCUCCCCACCGCUUCUUUUAUGAGCGCAAGCUUGAGACGGUGACUAGCCUGUAGGGGGCAGCAGAUCAUUCCCUUCUUGCUGGAACCAUCACCUUGCCUGGAUGCCACAGGGAACUUUUCUAAUUUGUCAGAUUGUUUUUAAUUGGAGGUAAAUGCUUUUGAGUCACAGCGGCAAAGGGGACAUGUGAGCAGACGCUUCGAGAGACAGGUGCAGAAUCGGUUAGAGAAAGGGACUCGUAAAGCCUCUCUCUUUCUGGAGGCCUUUGUAAGUAGUCUACUACUUUUUAGUUAAUAAAUUGAAAACCACCA